UGCGUCGUCGCAUCUCCUUUGUCUGAGAGAGACAUUGUUUACAAGUCGUCAAUAAAGCCCAUUGUUCCCUGUACGUAUCUGUCAUAAUAUGCCAGUUAUUUACAAAAUAGAAGUGCAGCUUAAACAACGCGUUAUAAUUUACCAAAGAGACAAAAGGCUUCUGAUAUCGACGAGGCGCUAGCGCAUUCGAUCGCGCGACGUAAUAAGUAUAACACGCGCGUUCAAUUUAUGUAAUAAUGAUGCUAGCCGGUGUUCAAAUUGUGGAAAAUCAAAGUGUGUCGUAUAAAUCUGAAGGGACAGGAAAUAUGGAGGGUGAUGGACAGUCUUCGUUAAGUACACCUUCAAGUCCUUCACAUUCCUCAAAGUGCCCGACACCUUCACAGGAGCCUAAGGGGCUGUCCCGUGUUCCCAACCGGGAACCGGUAGAUAUACAGUUCAACAACAUAACUUGUACCGUCAGUCUCGGAAUCAAUAAAGGCACAAAAGAAAUUCUACACAGUGUGAAUGGCAGACUUCGGCCUAAACAGUUAAUUGCUAUCAUGGGGCCAUCAGGCGCGGGAAAAUCCACAUUAUUAGAUGUCCUGUCUGGAUACAGAAUAUCUGGAGUUGGUGGCUCUAUAUUUAUUAAUGGAAGAGAUAGAAAUAUGAAGCGCUUCAAGAAAAUGUCAUGUUAUAUCCAACAAGACGACCGAUUGCAAGGAUUACUUACAGUCAGCGAAAAUAUGGCGUUGGCUGCUGAUCUCAAACUGCCCACUAAACUAGAUAAAUAUGAAAAAGGAGAAGUGAUAGAAGAUAUACUUACAAAUCUCGGUCUCUAUGAGCACAUGCAUACUAGAGGCGCCCAGCUUUCCGGUGGUCAAAGAAAACGACUUUCAAUUGCCCUAGAACUCAUAAACAACCCUCUAGUCAUGUUUCUCGAUGAGCCUACAACGGGCCUAGACAGUUCAUCCUGCUCGCAAGUGGUGCAACUAUGCCAGAGCCUUGCACACCAAGGCAGGACCAUAGUAUGCACAGUGCAUCAACCUUCAGCUUCGCUAUUCGCAGUUUUUGAUUACGUUUAUGUGUUGGCGUCAGGGCAAUGUCUGUACCAGGGAACCACUAAGAAUCUGGUACCGUAUGUCGAAGAAGCUGGAAUACCUUGCCCAAUUUAUCACAACCCAGCUGAUUAUGUUAUUGAAAUUGCAUCCGGAGAAUACGGUGAGGAUAAAUUAGAACUUCUCACAACAAAGAUAGAUAAUGGCAAAGCCCAUAAUUGGUUUGAUGAUCUUGAGAAUCUACCAACAAUGGAGUCUCUCAGAAAACUAUAUCCAUUAAGCACUAUGAAGGAAAUAGAUGAAAGCUCAGGUUCAGAAGAAACGUCACAGGCGAAUCAAAGAUCUGUACUUAUUCGGCGAGGGUUCUUGAAGGCGAAGCGAGAUGCUACUAUGACCCACUUACGAAUUAUGGUCAACAUAGUCGUGGGUAUCAUGUUGGGGACGCUCUUCAUCAACGCUGGCAAUGAGGGCUCUCGAGUUCUGGACAACUACAAUCUGCUCUUCGCUAUUUUGAUGCAUCACAUGAUGUCACCAAUGAUGCUUACGAUACUCACGUUCCCAUCAGAGAUGUCAAUCUUACUUAAGGAACAUUUUAAUAGAUGGUAUUCAUUGGGGUCCUACUACGUAUCUGUGACCAUCGUGGACUUGCCAAUAUCGAUAUUUUCAUGCGCAAUAUUCAGCGUGAUCGUCUACAUUAUGUCGUCCCAGCCGCUGGAAAUAACACGAUUCGCGAUGUUCUUCACAAUAUCGCUACUUACAGUUCUAGUAGCACAGAGUUUCGGUCUCAUGGUUGGCGCUGUAUUUAAUGUUGUUAACGGCACCUUUCUUGGCCCAACUCUCUCUGUACCAAUGAUGAUGUUCGCUGGCUUCGGAGUGACUUUACGUGACCUUCCACCAUACCUUUACUGGGGCUCCUACGUGUCCUACUUACGAUACGGCCUCGAGGGUUACAUUAGCGCCAUUUACGGCCUCAACAGACAGACUCUAGCCUGUGAAGAGGCUGAAUACUGUCAUUACAAACACCCCAAGGUGUUCCUCAAGGAUGUAGCAAUGGACCCAAAUAUGUUUUGGUGGGACACCGCCGCUCUUACAACCAUACUCCUAGUAUUACGUACCGCGGCGUUCCUUCUCCUUAGGUGGAAACUUAGCGCCGUGCGAUAAGUAUAUUUUUAAAUAAAACUUUUAAAAGACCUAGGUUCGAUUACCAGCAUAAAAAAAUCAGAUUGCGCAUUUCUACCAAUAGUUCAAUUAACAUACCUAAGCCCAUGGCUAAUCAUUUAAGUAAUUUAAUUUUAAACAAGACUGGAAAAGCAACAUUGUUUCAACGUUACUUAAAUUAGUUAAACAUUUUAUAUUAAAGGUAUUUAUAUCCAUUUCUAAUUAUAGUAAUAUUGAUGUAAUCUUGCUCACUGUUAGAAGUGUUAGACAUGCCAUCUUUUAUAUAUUAAAUGCGCUUUCCUUACAAUUUACGGAUCGUAGAGAUUACGACUGAUAUUCCGUUAUAGAACCUCACAAAUUAGUUGUUAAUUGUUUCACAGCUGUAUAUGAUACCUAUUAAGUAGUUUAAUUCAGAAUUUAGACUUGCACGUACUCGUAUGUCAAAAUACUUUUUUGACAUAAGAGAUACUCAGUCCUAAGUCUAGAUUCAAAUAAUAUUAUAGACACAAGCUCAAGUUCAAUUUUACUCGCCCGUCUCACUAAAGAAUUUCAAUCGAU